CUGGGCCAGUCCGGCAGUCAGAGUCCGAUCCGAUCCCAACAAACAGUGGAACCAAACCGCGCGAACCAAAUAGCCGAUAAGAGCCAGAGGAAUUCCCGAAGGCUCGGGGGUGAUAAUUUUUGGAAACGGAUCGGCUAAUUGUGACGGGGACGAUUGUCAUCACCCAGAAUUCCCAAGAUUUCGUCGUGGUAACUGAUUACCAACGACUAACCGCUGGUGCAGCAAGUGUUAUGUACUAGUGUCACUGCUGAAAUGACAACCAGUAUGAAGCAGACAGUUAUAAAAAAUCCAACAUGGUGGAAACGGCGCUCGGCGUUGGAGCGAGGCCUGACCAUCGUGGCCGUGACCGGAGUUCUUCUCUGCGUGGCUUUGGCCGUGGGACUCGCGGUAGUUGCCACCGCUACAGGUCCUUGUGACAUCUCGACGUCAAAUUCUGUGGUCGCUAACAGAGAGAUGCUACCGUUCACAGCAUCAGCGGCCCUGGGAUCUGACCCAUCGUCUAGAAAGACAUCGAUCUUCACCAAAGGAGACGAUGAGGACAAAGAUGCGAUAUGCUUCUCACCGGGAUGCGUUCACACUGCUUCCAAAGUAUUGGAAAACAUGAACCCAGAGGUCGAGCCCUGUGAUAAUUUCUACGAGUUUGCUUGUGGAGGAUUCGAAGCCUCGACUAUAAUCCCUGACGACAAAACUAGCGUCAAUACAUUCUCCGUAAUCAGCGAUAAACUUCAGGAACAGUUGAGAGCGAGUAUAGAAGAACCGCUUCGUGACGAUGAGCCGAAGCCAUUCAAGCUUGUGAAGAAUUUGUACAAGGCUUGCAUGAACAAAACUGCCAUCGAAAAGGCCGGUUUGGAACCACUUCAGAAAAUUCUGAAACAACUCGGGGGAUGGCCCGUAAUAGAGCAAAACAAUUGGAACGAAAACGACUUCAAUUGGGUGGACAGUGUUUACAGGUUUCGAAAAGUCGGCUACUCGGUGGAUUACUUUCUCGACUUCAGUAUCGGCGUCGAUUUAAAGAACAGCACGAAACGUGUAAUUGACUUUGAUCAAGCCUCGCUGGGUCUAUCUCGCGAAUAUUUAUCCAAAGGUCCAGAAGACAAAAUAGUCAAGGCUUACUUCGAGUACAUGAUUGACAUAGCGGUGAUCCUAGGAGCCGAUAAAGACGUGGCAACGCGGGAACUCUCCGAGUCACUAGAAUUCGAAAUCAAGCUGGCAAAUAUUUCACUGCCUAACGAGAAACGUCGAAACGCUACUCUCCUCUACAACCCCAUGACAGUAGCAGAGCUGAAAGAGAAGUACCCCGGCGUAAACUGGACGGCGUACAUCGACAAGUUGCUGGCGGGAAGCGUACACGUCGAUGACGGCGAGAUCGUGAUCGUGAAUGUGCCCGCAUACAUCAGCGACUUCGAAGAACUCGUGAAGAAUACCCCAAAAAAAGUUCAGGCAAAUUACGUAAUGUGGAGAGUCGCGGGAGCUUCCGUCAGUUACCUGAACGAACACAUCAGGAAGAGACAGUUAGAGUACGCCACGGCACUGAGUGGUAAGACAGAAAGAGAAGCAAGGUGGAAGGAGUGCGUAGACAUCGUUGCAGGCAGCUUGGCAAGCAGUACUGGCGCACUUUACGUGAGGAAGUACUUUAAGGAAGACGCAAAGAAGAAUGCUGUUGAAAUGGUGGCUGAUAUUAGGCAGGAGUUCACAAAGAUCCUUGAAAAGGUCGAAUGGAUGGACGAGAAAACCAGAAAGGCUGCUCUGGAAAAAGCUGCGUCCAUGGCAACUCACAUCGCUUAUCCGGACGAGCUUCUCGACGAUAAGAAACUUGAGGAAUUCUAUGACGGUCUGGAACUCAACCCCGAUGAUUACAUCGGUAGCAUCCUUAACUUGACUCUGUUUGGAACCGAGUAUUCCUUCGGAAGGCUAAGGAAACCAGUCAACAAAACUGACUGGGUCAGCCAUGGCCGUCCAGCGAUUGUCAACGCAUUCUAUUCUUCGAUCGAGAAUAGUAUUCAAUUUCCGGCUGGUAUCCUGCAGGGAACAUUCUUCAGUAACGAUCGCCCGCGGUACAUGAACUACGGUGCAAUUGGUUUCGUUAUCGGCCACGAAAUAACCCAUGGCUUUGAUGACCAGGGUAGGCAGUUCGACAAGGAGGGAAAUCUGGUGGACUGGUGGCAGCCGGAAACGAAGGAAAGGUACUUGGAGAAAGCAGAGUGCAUCAUCUAUCAGUACGGAAAUUACACGGUGGAAUCUAUCGGACUGAACUUGAACGGGAUCAACACGCAAGGUGAGAACAUUGCCGAUAACGGUGGAAUCAAAGAAGCGUACCUGGCGUACAAGGAUUGGGUGAAGAGAAACGGUCCCGAGCCAAAGCUGCCGGGUCUUAAGUACACGCCUGAGCAAAUGUUCUGGGUUAGCGCUGCCAACACUUGGUGCAGCAAGUACCGACCGGAAGCAAUGAAGCUCCGCAUCACGACUGGCUUCCACAGUCCGGGACAGUUCAGGGUUCUUGGACCGUUAUCUAACAUGAAAGAAUUUGCCGCGGAUUUCAACUGCCCGACAGGUUCGCCUAUGAAUCCGGAACAGAAAUGUUCAGUUUGGUAGACCUUGACGGUAAUUCGUUUGCAAGUCACGAAGUGUUGUGUAUUUGGUUAUAGAAAAUUACAGCUUUCGUCAAUUUCCCGAUUAACAAGCUUCAUUUUUCCUGGAAGAUAAAAAUUUUUGUGUCUGAAGCACUGAAAUUGGUUCAUUCUUAUUUUCUACUUUUCAUAAUUAACUAUGGAAAACCAGGCUUAGUAAUCGGGAAUUAUUUAUUGUAACAAUGAAUAUCGACGAUUUAUUAAACAAAAAUAGGGUCUAAUUUCAAACGAACUACAUUUGGGUGUCGAAAUGAACUUAUUUGAUAUGAGAAGAGCGACAUACGACCUGCUACUCACGCAUAUAUUAUAGUGCGAAGCUGUUAAGGGGUUCAAAUUUUUUGCACAAAAAUCGACACUGUCGCGGAGUGCAAAAUUGACGGGAGUUUCGCGCUGUUAUCCGUCCGUGUUUGUCGUUGCAAUUGACGCACAGUUCGCCGCUUACAAUUAGACUCUUGCUCUAAAAAUUGUUUUAGACAAUCACCGAGUAACUGAGCCCGGUGUGUUAAAAAACCGAAGGUUAAGUACGUGUAAAGUCGAGAAACUCGGAAAAGUCUUUUCGAAAAAAAUUAAUCACUGCAUAAUCAAUUUCAUACUGUAACAUUCUUAAGAUCAGAAUCGGUCAAAUAACGGUGUUUCAAGAAUGUUCGAAUUUAUUUCCAACUAUCCGUUGUGAAGAAAUAAAAAACACAAUGAGACUUUCAUUCUUGCUUGACUCAUCGCUGAUACGUAUGUGUAUAAAUGCAGGUUGAAAAAAUUAACCUAAGAAAUAUUGUUAUAAAUGUAAAAAAAAAAAAAACUAUACAACAGGUAUGAAAAGAAAAGCGGUGUUUCUCGCGGAUAAACAUAUCUAUGUACAUAUAGAACUGUUUGAAUAGUUAUAUAUUGUAACAAAACGCCAGGGCUUAUUACAUGAUAUUCAUUUUUCAUUUGCAAUUCGUCUAAGAGUUUUCUCUUUUUUCCUGUAACGAGCGUUGUAUUAUUACAACCCCUAAUGCAAAUAAUUGUCGCACAUAAUUGUUUACCAACAAUUCAAAGUGCUGGAUCAUGCGAGAAGUCGUCGCGUUGAGGAUAUUCAAGAUUGAAUUUGCUGUUUUAAUGGACCAUCUAAAGAUCCGAACAAUUUCCUGUGGUACAUAAGCAGCAGUUUUAAUGAUGUUGCAAUGAUCAUGCUGAAGGACAUUGGGUGUGAUAAAAAUCUUGUGACGAAGUGAAUAUCCUAAAAAUUCUCGAAAUAUGAAUCGACUAUCAUUUCUAUAGUUUCGCUGACGAUAUACACGCCAAACAACGUGGAAAUCGAGCAUCAAGUGCUCGAGAGAAGGUUAUGUUAGAAACAAAAAAAAAAAAAAUUAGCGGUACAUAAUAUUUGAUGAAUGUUUUCACUCUCACUGUAGUCACUGAAAGACACGAUUAAAAUAUAAUACAUUUGAAUAGAUAAUGACUACCGCAGUAAUGUUGUCGUUUUUACAAAGUACUUAGUCGACGUAGUAUUAAUUAGUGUUGUUGUGAGUGUAACGUAUGGCCAACGUAAUUUACCGUUAUUAACUGCUUUGCGAUGUAUACAUAUAAUUUCAUCAAAUUAAUUCAAAGAUAUGGGAUGUGAGUCCAGUUAGGUUGAUAGAUUGUUAACAAACCCUUCAUGCACCAUGGUAUAACGUAUUUAUGACAACUGCUUGUUAUUCUACGGUUAAGUUAGUGAAAUAUUGUACGUAUACAUAAAUAUAUAUUUAAUAUAAUGUAUUUGUUGAAUGUCAAAUUUUAAUAUUAAAAUUCAAAGAUCAAAUUUC